GUUGCAAGAAGAGUUACUCUCCUGAGUCCUAAAUUCGCCUGCAUUUUUUUUUUCUUGUUCGCCUCACUUUCGAAAGCCGGAAAAUCCCACAAAGGAACAUAGACCUGUAAAGAAUUAGAAUUCCCAGCAAUUCAACAUGAAUGCAAGUGAGUUUCGUAAAAGAGGCAAGGAGAUGGCGGACUACAUAGCUGAUUACAUGGAAGGCAUUGAGGCACGCCAGGUUUACCCGGAUGUGGAGCCUGGCUAUCUUCGUCCCCUGAUCCCUGCCAGUGCCCCCCAGGAGCCCGAAACCUUUGAGGACAUCAUGACUGAUGUUGAGAAAAUCAUCAUGCCUGGGGUGACCCACUGGCACAGUCCCCACUUCUUCGCCUACUUCCCGACGGCCAGCUCAUAUCCGGCUAUGCUUGCGGACAUGCUGUGCGGGGCCAUCGGCUGCAUUGGCUUCUCUUGGGCUGCAAGCCCAGCAUGCACAGAACUGGAGACUGUGAUGAUGGACUGGCUUGGGAAGAUGCUGGAGCUACCAGAGGCCUUCCUGGCUGAGAGUACUGGACAAGGGGGUGGUGUGAUUCAGGGAAGUGCCAGUGAAGCCACACUGGUGGCCCUCCUGGCUGCUCGGACCAAAGUGACAAGACAGCUACAGAUGACAUCCCCAGAGCUGUCACAAGCUGCCAUCAUGGAACAGCUGGUGGCCUACUCAUCUGAUCAGGCACACUCUUCCGUGGAAAGAGCAGGAUUGAUUGGUGGAGUCAAAUUAAAAGCAAUCCCUUCUGACGGCAAAUUCGCCAUGCGGGCUUCUGCCCUGCAGGAGGCCUUGGAGAGAGACAAGGCCGCUGGUUUGAUUCCAUUCUUUGUGGUUGCUACAUUGGGGACCACAUCUUGCUGCUCUUUUGAUAAUCUAUUAGAAGUGGGUCCUAUCUGUAACAAAGAGAACAUGUGGCUGCACAUUGAUGCGGCCUAUGCAGGCAGUGCCUUCAUCUGCCCUGAGUUCCGGCAUCUCCUGAAUGGGGUAGAGUUUGCGGAUUCAUUUAACUUUAAUCCCCACAAAUGGCUUUUGGUGAAUUUUGACUGUUCUGCAAUGUGGGUGAAAAACAGAUCCAGCUUAACCGGAGCCUUUAAACUUGACCCCCUUUAUCUGAAACACAGUCACCAGGAUUCAGGGCUUAUCACUGAUUAUAGGCACUGGCAAUUACCAUUGGGCCGACGGUUUCGCUCCUUGAAGAUGUGGUUUGUUUUCAGGAUGUAUGGUGUCAAAGGACUGCAGGCUUACAUCCGCAAGCAUGUCCAGCUCUCCCACGAGUUUGAGUCUCUGGUCCGCCAGGAUCCUUGCUUUGAGAUCUGCGCUGAAGUCACUCUGGGACUGGUCUGUUUUCGUCUAAAGGGGACCAACGAACAGAAUGAAGCUCUUCUUGAAAAAAUCAACAAUGCCAAAAAAAUCCACUUGGUUCCGUGUCACCUUAGAGAGAAGUUUGUGUUGCGCUUUGCCAUUUGCUCUCGCACUGUGGAAUCAGCCCACAUCCAGCAGGCCUGGAAGCACAUCAGAGAACUGGCAACCGAACUGCUGCAAGCGCAAAAGAAGUAACGCACAACAGCAACAGACACCAAAAGAUGAAAAGAUAUAUAUUAAAACAAACAAGAAGAAGAUAAAUAUAUCCUGACCACCUGGAGAGGAGCCUGCAUGUAGUUUCAUCAUUCUGUCUACGUAUUUAUCCAGAAGCAAAUGAUUACUUCAAUUCAGCCUCUCAUCAACAAAUAAAUACUAUUUGCAUAUUACAAAUUAAUCCCAGUGGGGACAGCUUAUAUUCAUUAUUUGACUAUGAUUUUUGAUUAAAAAUAAUAUUAUCUUGCUCUUGCAGUCAUUAGGGAAUCUAUGGUAAUAUAACCUGAGAUUAUAUCUGUGGUUUUUAACAGUGUCAUUUGUUAUGUGGCUAAAUACUUAAUAAACAAUGUGAUGUGCAACAGUAA